CUGACUAACCACUUUUGCUGCGUCAUCUUCUGUAGUUACAAGACCAACCACACAUGAUCAUCAAGAGUAGCCAAGCACGCGGGUAGCUUUCCCAGGCACAUUGCGAGGACCCACCUCGUGUUCGAGUUGCCAUAAUCCUCAACCAUCAACAUGUCGCCUGCGAUACCCUCACGCAACGAAUCGCAUGUUCUGAAUCAAAUCAUCAUAUCCCCUUCAGACACAGACUACCUGGAUCAAUUGAUUCCGUCCAUCAAAGAAUACAGUAUUGGCAACAGAACUUCCCAACUCUUACAGUCUUUGGCCAAAUUUGCAAGUGAUAAGGAGGCAGAAAUAGAGGCCAUUUGCAAUACAAAUCAUCAAGAAUUUGUUGCUUCCAUCAAUCAACUUCUUCGUAUCAGGGAAGGUACGGUUAGCCUGACAGCCGAGAUCUUAGACCUCAACCAAUCCAUUCAAGCAAGUACGGAAAGACUGGCAGAGCAGAAAAGAGCCCUGGUGGAGUCGCGCAGUCACCGGCAGAAUAUUGAUGAAUCUUCUGGCGCUAUACAGGAUUGUCUUGAAGUUCUGCGCCUUGCCAAUCAAAUCCAUGAUUUGCUUUCCAGAAAAAAUCAUUAUGCGGCCUUACGCGCCCUGGAGGAGCUGCAGAAUGUUCACCUUAAAGGGGUUACACAAUAUAAGAUCGCUGAGAUGAUCCAACGCUCAGUGCCUGCCACGCAGAAGAUAAUUGCGGAAGCAGUCAUGUCUGAUCUGAACACUUGGCUUUACAGAAUUCGUGAAAUGUCUCAAUACCUUGGCGAAAUAGCUCUGUACCACACCGAUCUACGAAAGUCGAGACAGAAAGAAAGAGCAGGAGCAUUGCCCUACUUGGGACAAUUCAAGCUUAACUCCGCCAUUGAACUUGUUUCCGAUGAGAGUGAAGAGUAUGACUUACUACAGAACGACGAACUCCAGGUUGAUUUCACGCCACUACUUGAAUGUUUACAUAUUCAUCGAUCCUUAGGGCGUAUUGACAUGUUUCGCCUCGAAUAUGCCAACACACGCCGUCGGCAAAAGGAGCUUCUGUUGCCUACAUCAAUAACGUUGAUAGAUGAAGAUGGGGCUUGUCUUCAUAAUCUCCUCGAAGAAAUGGCGGGAUUUGCAAUUGUUGAGCGCUCAACGAUGAAAAGAAUCCCGGACCUAAGAUCUUCUAUUGACGUCGAUGAACUAUGGGACUCGAUGUGUCAAGCUGCUGUGAGCUUGAUAAUGAAGGCUCUUCGCGAAGUUGAUAAUGCUGAGAGCCUGCUCAAAAUCAAGAAUCUAAUUGCAUUGUUUAUGCAAACAAUGAACACAUGGGACUUCCCUGUCGGCGUCUUUGAUACGUUUUUAUUGACACUUUUCGAAAAGUAUGCUGACCUUCUUAAGAAGAGGUUUAGUGAUGAUUUUCAAGAGAUCGUUUCGACCGACGAUUAUAUGCCUAUGCCGAUACAAACAAUUGAGGAAUAUGAGAAGGUGCUAAAUGUCAGCUGGUACAAUCCAGAAAAACCACACGAAGAACAGAUGUUCCCUUGCGUCUUACCAUUCUCUCAAAUGUAUCCGCUGUGCUGCAUUGAUAUUCGCAAUUUCUUGAAUCAAUUUUACUUCUUCGCCAAUGAUGAUUUCCCUCAUACCAAUGUGAUUGAUGAGACACUCAAAGAUGCAUUGGACGAACUUCUUUCGAAUAAAGUGUGUGAUACACUUGUCGAGCGUCUCUCUUCCCAGUACUUGGGACAGAUUGUGCAGAUUCUUAUCAACCUAGAGCAUUUUGAACAUGCAUGCCGCGAGCUCGAGUUGCUUCUUGCAGCGGCAAGAUCACAUACCUCUUCUAGUGAGUUUGUGAAGCUGAAUGCAACAGAAAAAUUCAAGAACAAUAAGAAGGCGGCCGAAAAGCGAAUCUUUGAGGUAGUCAACUCUAAGAUUGAUGACCUCAUUGAGACAGCUGAGUACGAUUGGAUGGCUCAUAUUCCGCCUACGGAGCCGAGUAACUACAUGCAAACACUGACCAGGUUCCUUUCUAACAUCAUGAAUUCGACGCUCCUCGGCCUCCCUACGGAAAUCAAGGAGCUAAUAUAUUUCGACGCCCUUAGUCACGCAGCAAACAUGAUCCUAGCACUCCCUCUUUCGUCCGAUGUGAAAAAAAUCAAUACAAAUGGGGUGCUAGCUCUCGCUAAAGAUGUCGAGUAUCUAUAUCAAUUUGUCGACAGCCUCGGCGUGCCCAUACUACGGGAGAAUCUUGACGAGCUGCAGCAAACAGUGCAAUUGAUGCAGGCAGACAACACAGAUGAGUUCUAUGAUAUAUCUACACGAAACAAGAAGUACGGACGUGUAGAUGCCAUCAACGGCCCCGUCCUUCUAGAGAAGAUUAUGCGCACUGUGCAAAGCUCUGCGAAAACUGAUAAAUUCGCUACCUUAUCUUCGAGAUUCGGAAAGAAAUCAUGA